GGGGUGGAAGUUGAGGUUUCAUUGCAGAGGUGGUGGUGGUGGUGAGAUGCAGGAGGGAGGGGCCAGGGGUUUGCUCCUGUUACUGGGUGAAGAUCUGAGUUGGGAAAGUGAGCUCGUAGUGACGUGCCUGGAGUUUGCAACUCCACCCAACACACCAGAGAGAAGAGAGAGAGAGAGAGAGAGAGAGAGAGCGAGCGAGCAAGCAAGCAAGCAGGCAUCUGCAGGCAGAGCAUGGCGUUAGAGCGGGGGGGUGAGGAGAACACAGGGAACAUGUAAGCACCCACACCACAGCUCCUUGGGUGAAGGGGACGGGCAGACCGACCUCAAGCCGGCGAACAGCCCAAACAGGAGGAAAAGUCGGACAAGUUUUACAGCGCGGACUCUCCCGGCGGAUCGGCAAUUCACCGGUUCAGCGGCGGCUCGGAGCGGGGCAGAGGCGGAGGAGGCAGAGCUGCCCCCGUCGGCCGCGCCGGCCUGGCCAUCUCCGCACGGGCUCCGGACCAUGGCUCAGUCGCCGGUGGCGGUGGCGGUGCCGGGGAUGCAGAAUCAUCGGGCGGACCCCGAAGGACUGUUCACGAAACUGGAGCGGAUUGGAAAGGGGUCUUUCGGUGAAGUCUUCAAAGGAAUUGAUAAUCGGACACAACAAGUAGUUGCUAUCAAAAUUAUUGAUCUAGAAGAAGCUGAGGAUGAGAUUGAAGAUAUUCAACAGGAGAUAACUGUCCUCAGCCAGUGCGAUAGUCCUUACGUAACCAAAUAUUUUGGAUCAUAUUUAAAGGGGACAAAGUUGUGGAUCAUAAUGGAAUACUUGGGAGGUGGUUCAGCCUUGGAUCUGCUCCGGGCUGGGCCUUUUGAUGAAUUCCAAAUUGCUACCAUGUUGAAGGAAAUCCUCAAAGGUUUGGACUACCUGCACUCGGAGAAAAAGAUCCACAGGGACAUAAAAGCUGCCAACGUCUUGUUAUCCGAGCAAGGCGAUGUAAAGCUGGCGGACUUCGGUGUGGCUGGACAGCUGACGGACACCCAGAUCAAACGGGACACAUUUGUCGGCACUCCAUUCUGGAUGGCGCCAGAGGUCAUUCAGCAAUCUGCGUACGACUCAAAGGCAGACAUUUGGUCUUUGGGAAUUACUGCCAUUGAACUGGCCAAGGGCGAGCCGCCCAACUCCGAUAUGCAUCCCAUGAGGGUUCUGUUCCUUAUACCCAAAAACAACCCGCCAACAUUGGGAGGCGAGUUCAGCAAAUCUUUUAAGGAGUUUGUGGAUGCUUGCCUGAAUAAGGACCCUUCCUUUCGUCCAACAGCCAAGGAACUGCUGAAACACAAGUUCAUCCUUAAAAACUGCAAGAAGACCUCUUAUCUAACAGAGCUAAUCGAUGAGUACAAGAGGUGGAAAGCAGAAGGACACAGUGAUGAUGACUCCAGUUCAGAUGAGUCAGAUUCUGGGAGUAGUGACAAGGAGAACAAGAAUGCAAAGCCCAUUGAGUGGUCCUUCACCACGGUGAAGAAGAAACCGGACGCAAAGAAGCUACAGAACGGGACGGACCAGGAUGUCACCAAAAUAUCAACAUGUGUAUCCACUGUGAUUGCUCCUCUCUUCGCUGAGCUGAAGGAACAGGACAGAGACAACACAGAAAGGGCUGAAGCAAUUGAUGCAUUGGAGAAAAGCAUGAACAGGGUUGAAGCCAGCUACCCCGGCAUCACAGAAAAGUUGAUAAAGAAAAUAAUAGAAAGGUUUCAAAGGCAUUCGGCCACUGAAUCAUGCUAAGGACUCCACCUGCUGACUGGAUGCUUUCAUUGGUCCCGACAUACCCAUGCUGUCCAACCCUUCCUCCCCACAGCCCCAGGGGCACAGUGAACAGACCUCUUCUCAACCGUGCCUCCCUCCCAUUUCCUUCUCUCAAAAAUCAGGUCUUAACUCUUCAGUAUUUUCAGCAACACAUCUAUGGAGAUGGGAAACACCUCGCCUGUGUGAAUUGAAUGUCAAAAGCAAACUUCUGGCUGAGUGUGGGAAAGCUGGACUGAUUGUUUUGUUAACUCAAGUUAAAGUUCACCUUUACUGCACUUCUGUGCCAAUAAAUUAUAAAUAUUAAUUGUCAGCACGGAGUAGAAAGCCAGUCGCAUUGAUGUUGCCAGUUAGGAAUGUGUAACAUCGUCAUGUUUACUUUGAUCUCCAGUCGCCACUACACGAGUUGAAAUUCUGGGCCAUAAAUUGGAGGUGGGGAGAGGGUGAUGUCACGGAUAUCUUGAAGAUGACUCUCAAACUACUGACUGGCUGGUGCUUUCAAUCCAGCUGUUUUCUGCUGGAUAUCAGAAGUGGAGAUGGCUGCUCAUGUGAGAAGAAGCCGACUUUAGCACAGUACCUGCCAAGACAAGGUGCAGUGCUACUUCAGAAAGAGUUCCCACUCCUUUUCCCAUCUCCAUGACUCCUGAUGCUACGUACAGUUGUACAUGAGCCAGUAACACAGGUUUCACACUCCCACUCCCGUCCACCACAGCUCCCCCAUCUCAUUGACCUGCACUGCAUUUUCUUGUCUGCCUGGGUGUUCCAUUUUGAAAUCCCUGGGCCAGUCCCAGUUCUUGUGCCUCAUUAGUGCAUCAGAACCCAAAAAUGUGAUCCUGUCAACAUAUAGGAAUACAGAUAUACACCCAUCCCAAUUAUCUGUGGUAUUCGCUUAAGCAACUUCCAAAGACCACAGCCUGAAAGUGUGCAAUUGUUAAUUACUAUUCCCCACCUGCUUUUCGUAAAACUAAUGGUCCCUUGAGCAGUGUCGGUUUGUAUAUCAUCAACAAAAUAAAAGGGGUACAGCAUUUCAAACAUUAUUGUUUAUUGGCCAGCAGUCUCCUUUUUUUGGUGCCUGUAAACUGUGGGUCAGAAUAAUUGUGUGGGGAAAGGUCUGAAAUCACUGCAGAACCCCCUUAUACUCUGCACAAGGUCUGAGAGAAAGGAAGCAGAAGCAUUUCUCAAAAGGACUCUCUUAAAAAGAAAAUUAAAGUAAGUCAGUCCUCUCAUUCACUUCCACUUUUGUGCUUGGGGUAUUUUUCAUUGGAGUUUCAUGCCUCUUGUCCCUGCAAACAUAACCUAAACUUAAAUGGUAGGAUGAACAGUGUCCCUGAAUGUCUUCCUAUAUUGGCAAAGGGGAGAUGCCUUUUGUGCUUUAAAGGAGCCUUCAGCUGUGGUCCUAUAUUCUAUAACUUGUUUCGGCAUCCUGUUUUGAAAAGGUUGGCCUGUUCUCUCUCUCUCAUGAUGAUGCAGACGGCCGUAGAAACUGGUUGUGUGUAAAGGGAUCAUCCAGGAAAAGGCAGCAGCCUUGCUGGACUUCCCACUGUAUGAGGAGUGAAGUAGUUUGCUUGAGAGACUGAACUGGCACCCCCCUCCAAAUUUUAAUGGGGCAGGGGAGAGGAGGAAAAGAGAAGAGUCCAUAGGAGUGUUAAACUGUUUACCAGGGUGUAGUUUCAGAACAGAUUCUUCUGCUGUGGCCUUAUUGAGCUGAGCUGCUGUUUGGAGACCAGCUUCAGAGAAGAUGUACCUCAGGUUUAUUAAAUAGGAGCCCAUUCUUUCCUAAGUUGGAUUGAGAUGGAAGUUUGUCCAAAAUUCCUGCACAGAGCCUCUGUCGACUAUGAUUCCAUUAUAUCUCUUCUGUUCCCAUCCCUGUGGUGGCUUCAGCUGUUCAGAGUAAGUGUGGAGUCCACCUACCAUUGUGACUGCUGUCCUGUUAGCGACCCCUCCGUAGUUUUUCCCAUGGGGAACGUUGAACAGUUCUGGACUGAAAGAUCCAAUGGCAGUCACGCACAGCUGCAUGUGUGUAUGUGAAGCUGACUUGAAGAAUGAUAACUAACAUCUGGCGACUGUGUGUGAAAGGUCUUGGCAGCAGUCCUUCUCCACCGGCAUGUGAGUAGGUGAGUGAAUAUAAAAGGAAAUGCAUCCCAACAGCAGGAGAACUGGUCAGGCUGGGAUUCCCACUUAACUUUCCCAAAUAUUGGGAACUUCCAGGCACUGUACCCCCUUGUAUUCCACCCCCCCCCCCCCCCCAAAAA